AAUCUCUCUAGCUGCGCAUGCCUCAGCUUGGUCCCGGCCGAGAAUGCCACGGUCGUUCCCGGGAAGUGCCCCAGUCCGGGUUGCCAAGAAGCCUUCCUGACAUUCCUCUGCGUGAUCUGCGUCUGCAGCAUGAUCGGCGCCAUGGCGCAGACGCCCUCCGUCAUCAUUCUCAUCAGAACAGUGAGCCCAGAGCUGAAGUCUUACGCUUUGGGGGUCCUCUUCCUCCUCCUCCGUCUGUUAGGUUUUAUCCCGCCCCCUCUGAUCUUUGGCGCCGGAAUCGACUCGACGUGCCUGUUCUGGAGCACAUUCUGUGGCGAGCAGGGAGCGUGUGUGCUUUAUGACAACGUGGUCUACAGACACCUGUACGUGAGCAUCGCGAUAGCCCUGAAGUCCUUUGCGUUCAUCCUAUACACCACCACCUGGCAGUGCUUGAGAAGAAACUACAAGAAAUACAUCAAGAACCACGAAGGCGGACUCAGCACUAGUGAAUUCUUUGCUUCCACUUUGACCCUGGACAACCUCGGGCGGGACUCCAUCAGCCAGAACCCGGCUCACAGGACAAAAUUUAUCUACAACCUCGAAGAUCACGAAUGGUGUGAAAACAUGGAGUCGGUUUUGUAGUGACCGCAGGGUUGUGUUGAUCGCCCAAGGAUCCUUUUUAAUGUUUUAAAAAAGAGAGAAAGAAAAUAUAAUAUAUAAGAAGGGAUCGUUUUGGAAAAUGCAAGCGACACGGCAACCGGCACUACCUUAUCGACGAUUGCCAGAAGUUUCCGGAACGCCCUCAUACGUACUAAGAAGGUGGAGAGAGACCUCUGUCCUCUUCCCGGAAAGCAAACCUAGGUGAGAUUCAGGAGAGUGGGACCCUUCUUCAAAUUCCACUCGAGAAACAGAGAAAACAGGAAGCUGUACUUCAAGAUAGCGGAUGCAUCGGCCGGGGGCGCGACGGAUGGGUAUUUGGGGAGCGUCACCGUUUUGUCGGAGAGCUGAGCAGAUGGACAUUUUUUGGGGUAAAAAUGUCAAAUCAUAAUCACAUGAAACCCCAACAAACCAGGAGAAGACCUGAACCUUAGCAGGACACUCAAGUACCCCCCCCCGGGGGGGGGGUGUCCCCUUUGCAAUACAAGCUACAAAUGUGUAGCUAAACUGGGUGCUGUUCAGUCCCAGAAUUCUCCUGUCUCUCUUCCUGUCGGAUGUCCAAGGAGGAGCCAUGUUGGAUUCACCACAUCAAUACCGUGAUCACCAGCUGUAAUUCAAGCAGACAUGCCCAGAUUUGGGGGUUCAAAGGCCCCGAACCCUCACACGUCACCCCAUCAGUCCCCAAACACCAGCAGCUUUUUUGUUAACAUACUUCAGAGUUCUGGGGCGAUGGGGGAGUCGUACCUGGCUGUGCCAGCAGAGGGAAGGGUGGUGGGGCCUUUAGGUGACUCUCACCGAGCAUUCAUUACCUUUUCAAAAUAUGGAGGGGAAAGGAUGAGGCCUAACGGGAAAAGCAGACGUUUCUGAUGAGAGAGUCAGAGGCGGUGGCCCCCGCAGUGUGUCCCAAGGAAAUAUAAUUUUCUGCCAUAAUGUGAG